ACGAGCUCGAAUGUUCUUUGUUUCGAUAUUAGUCCAUAUUAUGUGACUUGUAAGGUGUCUAACGUAGUACAAUAUUUUUCAUAAAUUGAUUUUGCAAGGAACCAAUCAAAACACACCACAUCUAGUGCAUCCAGUUUUCUGCCAUACAGUAAGAAUAAUGGCUACUGUUUGUGUGUUUAUUCUUGUAGCGGUCAAUUUAUUGUACAUUACAAUUGUGUUUGCAGGCCGAGACUUCUAUGCUAUUUUGGGCGUACCAAGAAAUGCCAACACAAAUCAAAUUAAGAAGGCUUAUCGCACUUUAGCAAAAGAGCUACACCCUGACAAAAAUCAAGAUGACCCUGAUGCAUCAAGGAAGUUCCAGGACUUAGGUGCAGCAUAUGAAGUCUUGUCAGAUUCAGAAAAGCGCGAGACGUACGAUCGGUGUGGUGAGGACUGCCUCAAGAAAGAUGGUAUGAUGAAUGGUGCUGAUCCAUUUGCUAGCUUCUUUGGUGAUUUUGGUUUCAAUUUUGGUGGAGGCUCACAUAGCCAGCAGGAGACACCUAGAGGUGCAGAUAUAGUAAUGGAUCUGUAUGUGUCAUUGGAGGAACUCUACAGUGGUAAUUUUGUAGAAAUCACUCAUAAUAAGCCAGUGAUGAAAGCAGCAAAGGGCACAAGAAAAUGUAAUUGCCGUCAAGAGAUGGUGACAAGGCACUUGGGCCCAGGUCGGUUUCAGAUGAUGCAACAAACAGUUUGCGACGAGUGUCCAAAUGUUAAAUUGGUAAAUGAAGAACGGACAUUAGAAAUUGAAAUUGAGGCUGGCAUGGUGGAUGGGCAGGAAUCAAAGUUUAUUGCCGAAGGAGAACCCCAUUUGGAUGGAGAGCCAGGGGAUCUAGUGCUAAGAAUCAAAACUAUGCCACAUGCAGUAUUUGAGCGACGUGACGAUGAUUUAUAUACAAAUGUCACUUUGUCUCUACAAGAUGCUCUUGUUGGCUUUGUAAUGGAGAUAGAGCAUUUAGAUGGGCACAUAGUUCAAGUGUCUCGUGACAAGGUGACGUGGCCGGGAGCCAGAAUACGGAAGAAAGGAGAAGGAAUGCCAAAUUACCACAAUAAUAACCUUCAUGGUACACUCUACAUAACUUUUGAUGUAGAAUUUCCAAAAUCGGAGCUCUCUGAAGAGGAUAAGAAAGCUUUAACAGAUAUCUUGAAGCAACACUCAAGCAAUAAAGUGUACAAUGGUCUUCGUGGGUUUUGACCCCAGUACUGGCUUAAAUGAUCAGAAUCGGACUUGUCGCAACCAGGCUUUAAGUUGUGUAAUAAGUGAUGACUUUAAAAUAAGAUGGGAGACUGCUAAUGAAAAGAGUGCUGACCGUGAAGCCGUUGACAAUAUGUAUUGCUUAGGUAUCCUGUGUGGUAAAUGCAACAAGUUAAGAUUCAUAGAAUAAUGUUUGUACUGCACUUCCUGGUGGGAUGUUUAAUGCUAAAUGUUUAUAUUGGAAAACUGAUGUUAUUUAUUGUUAUCUGUGAGCUUUCAUAUCCAUAUAAAUUGUUGCGUGUGGAUGUGGUUAUGUGAAAUGUCAUGUUUUAGUAUCACGGCAAUGGAUAGACUUAAAACCAAGAGCGGAUGAACUGAAAUAUACCAGGAUCGAAGUAAUGGGAAAGCCAUACUGGGAGUGAAAUAAUAGUAAUAAGAUGUAUUAGAAAUGGUUAAAAAAAAUUAAAGAAAAACAUACGAGUGAUGAAAUAAUGGGGGUGGGGGUUAAAUUAUACAAAUACAAAAAAUUAAGCUGGAAAUGAAAUAAUAAAGAAAACAUACUGGGAUUUAAGUAAUGGGCAGUCCAUGCAAUUGUGAUAACUAACUAUGUUCCAAACUUAUAUGACACAUUCUUUUAAUGUUAGGUGCUUAUUAUGUGAGAAACUUAAUUGUUCAGAUAAACUGUAAGCCUCAAAACUGGUUAUCAGUUCGCACUAUUGGGAUAUUUUGACUUAUAAACAACCGCUGGCAACAUAUUAAAUAUACUGUUUACAGGGUAUCAUUCUGUUUAGCUCAGAUAUAUGAUUUCUAUUUUAUGAAAUUAGCCAUCUGUAUGUACCUUUUCAUUUCACUGUGAGAAAAAGUAUUUCCUGUCCCAAUGAAUGAAGUGGCUACUAUUAUAAUUGUACAAACUUGUUUUAUAUAUGUGCAUAUGAAAAUAUGAAGGAUAAUAAAAUGAUUCUAAUAUUA